UCGAAGUUUGGCCGAUCUUUCAUACUCAGAAAACCCAUGCAGGUAUAAAGGCAUGAACAACAUAAACCUAGGCUUCUCUUUUUGUUUCUGACGCGUUUAUUCUUUUUCAACACUCGUAAAUAUGGUCCUCGCUAAUCACCUUGCUAUCUGGGAAAAGCUCCAAUCCCACUAUGACUCUGUUGGCAAGAACCUUGUCAUGAAGGAUCUCUUCAAGCAGAAUCCUCAGCGUUUCCAACAGUACUCCCGCCAAUUCCAUGGCUCUGAAAAGACCGGUACAAGCAUCCUUUUGGAUUUCUCCAAGAAUAUCAUCAACGAGGAAACCUUCAAGUUGCUUAUUGAGCUGGCAAAGGAAGCCAAGGUCGAGGAGAUGCGUAAUAAGAUGUUCACAGGGGAGCAUAUCAACUUCACCGAAGAUCGUGCUGUACUUCACAUCGCCUUGCGCAACUUGUCCAACACGCCCAUCAAGGAUAAUGGCCAAGAUGUUAUGCCUGAAGUUCGCGAAGUGCUCGCUCAUAUGAAGGAAUUUUCGGAACAGAUUCGUUCGGGUGAAUGGAAGGGUUACACUGGCAAGGCUAUCACGGAUGUUGUCAACAUUGGUAUCGGUGGUUCCGAUCUUGGUCCUGUCAUGGUUACCGAAGCUUUGAAGCCCUAUGCAAAGGACGGCCUUCGCGUUCAUUUUGUCUCCAACAUCGAUGGUACCCAUUUGGCCGAGGCCUUGAAGCAAGUGAAUCCCGAGACCACCAUGUUUAUCGUUGCCUCCAAGACAUUCACCACUCAAGAAACGAUCACUAACGCGACUUCCGCCAAGGAAUGGUUCUUGCAGCAAGCCAAAGAUGUAAAGCACGUUGCGAAGCACUUCGUCGCCCUGUCGACCAACACCAAGGAAGUCACUGCCUUUGGUAUCGACUCAAAGAACAUGUUCAAGUUCUGGGAUUGGGUUGGUGGCCGCUAUUCAUUAUGGUCGGCUAUUGGUUUGUCCAUUGCCAUUUACGUCGGUUUCGAUAACUUUGAGCAACUGCUUCGUGGCGCCCACGAAAUGGAUCAACACUUCUUGAACACGCCUUUGGAAGACAACAUUCCUGUACUCUUGGGUGUCCUCGGUGUCUGGUAUAACAACUUCUUUGGUGCCCAGACUGAAGCUAUCCUUCCCUACGAUCAGUAUAUGCACCGCUUCCCAGCUUACUUCCAACAGGGUGAUAUGGAAUCCAAUGGCAAGUACGUGUCUCGUUCCGGCGAACAAGUGCAGACCUCUACAGGUCCCAUCAUCUGGGGUGAACCGGGUACCAACGGUCAACACGCUUUCUAUCAGCUCAUUCAUCAAGGCACCAAACUUAUUCCAUGUGACUUUAUGGCGCCAAUUGAAACAUUCAACCCCAUCAGCAACGGUAAACAUCACGAUAUCUUGUUGUCCAACUUCUUUGCCCAGACCGAAGCUUUGAUGGUCGGCAAAUCCGAAGAACAAGUGCGCAAGGAGUUUGGUGCCCAUGUUGUUGAGAACAUCGUUCCCCACAAGAUUUUCAAAGGCAACAAGCCCACGAACUCUAUCAUGUUCCAGAAAUUGACUCCUGCCACCCUUGGAUCCCUGAUUGCCAUGUACGAACACAAGAUCUUUACUCAGGGUGUCAUCUGGGAUAUCAACUCCUUCGAUCAAUGGGGCGUCGAAUUGGGCAAGCAGUUGGCCAAGGCCAUUUUGCCUGAAUUAAAGGAAUCCGGUCAAAUCAGUUCCCACGAUGCCUCCACCAACGGUCUCAUCAACUACUACAAGCAACAUAAAAAGACUGCCUAAAAUCUGUAAAUUUGCAAUCUAUCAACUACUGCAUUAAUCUUUCAGCUCUAUCUGCUGAAAAAACAACUGUAAAAAGCCAAUUGACUAUUGAAAUAAACUAUCAAUUAUAUAGUA